AUGGAGUUGGUGUCGAAUAGAAUAACUACUUUAACAUGGAGUAACUCUGUCUCUACUUCUUCACUUCAAAUCCCUCAAUUCGUUUCAAUUCGUUGUACUAAGAGAUUAAGAGUAUGUUGUGCCUCUGACCAAACCCAGAAGGGAAAUCAGACGACUGUAUCAGUAACAGGAGCUACUGGUUUUAUUGGUAAAAGAUUGGUGCAAAGACUGCAUGCAGAUAAACAUUCUGUUCGUGUCUUGACACGUUCAAGAUCGAAAGCUCAGUUAAUAUUUCCGGUCAAGGAUUUUCCUGGGAUUGUGAUUGCGGAGGAGCGAGAGUGGAAAGACUGCAUUCAAGGAUCUAAUGCUGUCGUAAACUUGGCUGGAAUGCCCAUUAGUACAAGAUGGUCACCUCAGCAAGGCACACAUGGUAUAUUCUUUCAGUGGAUGGCAUCAUUUGCCAUUGACCAAGGCAAUUUAUCAACUCUUGUUGUCAUGCAGAUCAAGAAAGAGAUCAAGCAAAGCAGGAUCAAAGUGACUGCAAAGGUUGUAGAUUUAAUAAAUGGUUCACCAGAAGGACUCCGGCCUACUGUCCUGGUUAGCGCUACGGCUGUUGGUUACUAUGGCAGCAGCGAAACACAAGUUUUUGAUGAGCACAGUCCAUCAGGAAAUGACUACUUGGCUGAGGUCUGUAGAGAAUGGGAAGCAACAGCCCUCAGAGUAAAUAAGGAUGUGAGAUUAGCACUAAUUCGCAUUGGUGUUGUCCUUGGCAAAGAUGGUGGUGCUUUAGCUAAAAUGAUCCCUCUCUUCAUGAUGUUUGCCGGUGGACCUUUGGGCUCUGGACAGCAAUGGUUCUCCUGGAUUCACUUGGACGACAUAGUGAACCUAAUUUAUGAAGCUUUAACAAAUCCAUCUUAUAAAGGAGUCAUUAAUGGCACUGCACCAAAUCCUGUUCGAUUGGCUGAGAUGUGUGAACAAUUGGGAAAUGUUAUGGGCCGGCCGUCAUGGCUCCCUGUACCCGAUUUUGCCCUUAAAGCAGUCCUUGGAGAAGGUGCUUCGGUGGUAUUGGAUGGACAAAAGGUGCUUCCUGCUAAAGCCAAGCAGUUGGGUUUCCAGUUUAAAUAUCCCCACGUGAAAGAUGCUCUUAAAACCAUUCUUUCAUAA